UUGGCUAAAACUCGCCAUCUACUGGUCACACUCAACACCAGCGUUCGUGUAGGUCGACGAUCUACUGUUUACGAUACGUAUGACGAUACGAUACUAGAUCUUUUAAUUUUUUUUAUAGUGUUACGAUAAAUGGCACGGAAAAUUUACGAUCCAAAUGAAGAUGAAAAUUCUACACCGUCCGAUUCUGAGCUGCAGAUUCAAAGCAGAGAGCUAUACACAAAUUUCGUCCGAGAAGAAAUUGAAUUACAAGGAUUACCAGUUCCAGAUGUUCCUGUACUUGAUAACAUUCAGUUCAGCAACCCUCUGUGGAUAUGCAAUGCCUCAAACUUGCGACAACUGGCUAAUGAGUUUUCUCAAUCACCACUUAGAAAUGAAGUUCGACUAAGAGCCCAAAGUGUUGAUUUGACUACCCUUAAUGGACAAAAUUUUAGUGAGAUGAUACAGGAGAUCUUCAGUGGGGGAACUUUAACAAGAGAAAGAGUCCUUGUGGUGUUUUUCUUUUGCUCAGAUGUCACCUUAUUUGCACUGCAAAACCACACCCUGAAUCUUUUCUCCAAGUUGAUUCAAUGGAGCACAGAUUACAUUACAGGAAGAUUUUCAAAUUUCAUCUCUAGUCAAGGAGGAUGGACAGCUGUUUUGAAUAAUUCUAUUAAUACUUUGCUGAAGGUGUCAGCAACAGCUGCAUGUUGUGUAGCAGUAGUGGCCAUGCUGGUAUUCAUUAGGAAUAACUGGAAAUAGCCAAGCAUGACAAUAAACAAUUGCUCAACUA